AUGUCUUUCGCUACCUUCUCCGGCAUCGGUCUUAUGGCCAUGCACCUAAUGGCACCCCUGGUGUCUGGUGCCGCCGUUCAGGUUCAGCCCCGCGGACAGCUUCAAGCUCGAACCUUCGCCGAUAAGGGUUGCUACUCAGAGCCCCCCAGAGACCACGGCCGUGCCCUCAAGGAUGCGAGCUUCUCCUCGGACUCGAUGAGCACCCAAGUGUGUUCCGACUUCUGCAAGGAUUACGUGUACUUCGCAACCGAGUACGGCAGGGAAUGCUACUGCGGUGAUGUUCCCACCGACUCUGCACUUCCAGCUGAUCCUGGCGACUGUAACAUGCCUUGCAACGGCAUGGACGAUCACUCCAGAUGCGGCGGCCCGAGCCGUCUCAACCUCUACCAAACCGACGGCUACAGCGGGCCCUCCGUGAAGGAUUUGAACAACCGCGGCUGGUCUUAUCUUUAUUGCCACACUGAGGGCGAUGGAGGUCGUGCCCUCAGAGAGGACGGAUACUCCUCUGACAACAUGAAGGCUGAGGACUGUGGCCAGUACUGCUCCAAUAAGGGCUUCAACUUCGCCGGUGUGGAAUACGGGCGCGAGUGCUAUUGUGGCAGCACUAUCCACGGAGGUAGCAUCGCUGCCGAGGCCGACUGCCAGAUGCGGUGCUCGGGAGAUGCCAAGAGCUACUGUGGCUCGGGUGGACGCCUUAAUAUCUAUGCUCGCACCGUGCCUGGACCUGUCAGAACCGAUCCCCGAGCUACCUUUACUUAUGCCGGUUGCGCAAAGGACACGCAGACUCUCCGCCUCCUCGAGACUGGUUCCAGACUCACCGCCGACGACAUGGACGCCUACAGUUGCUGGUCUUACUGCUCCAACUACAAGUUCUUUGGUGUCGAGAAUGGCAACGAGUGCUACUGCGCCAACACUUACUCGCUGGACCUUGAGCUAGUGUCUGACUCCGAGUGCGACACUCCCUGCUUCGGCAACGGAUUUUACACUUGCGGUGCAAAGGACCGUCUGAACCUCUACAACAGUGGCAGAACUCUCGCUGUCUCCGUUUCCACAUCCCAGUACUCAUACGUCAAGUGCGCCCAGGAGACUACCGGCGGCCGUGCUUUGGAUGGUGACCACUUCGCUGACGACAACAACAUGACCGUUGAGAUGUGCGCUAGCCUCUGCAAUAAUGGCAAGGGCGCUACGUACUUCGGUCUUGAGUUCGGCAAGGAGUGUUUCUGUGGUACCGGCGAGCCCGCGAUUGCUGCUGAUGAGGGGCAGUGCUAUUUCAAGUGUACCGGUAACUCUAGUGAACUGUGCGGUGCCCCGGACCGUCUUUCUGUGUAUAAGUACUACUAA